AUGGCGAAUUGUGCGAGAAAUGCGUUGAAGGCCGCUCGGCUGGAGCGGCGAAUGACCAGCAAUCGGUUGGACAAUAGCCGGUGGCCUCGCAGGAAGUUUGGCUAUGAUCUAGUCGAGGUCUUCGGCGGCAGCUCCAUGGUGUCGGUGCGGGCUGUGGCGCAUUGGGGUCUAAAGGUUUUGCAGCCAAUAGACCUACGGUACGGAGUGGACCUAAGGCGGCCCGCGGACCAGCAGUGGCUGCUCGACGUGCUGGGCAAGUUUAACCCGAGGCUCGUCGUGAUCGAGUUUCCGUGCACGCCCUGGUCAACCUUGCGCCACGAAGCCCAAACUCCGGACACGGUCGCGCAGCAACAGGACGACCAGAUUUACCUGCACCUUGCCAAGCGUGUCUUCGAGGAACAGAAGCGCAGGGGCGGCCACGCACUCGCAGAAGUACCAGGCGAUCUUUAUGGGUUACCUGAACUACAAGUACUGCGGGAGCACCACUACGAGACUGCGGCCGACCUCUGCACGUUCAACUUUGUGGCGCGGCAGGCUAGCAUUGGCAAGCGGACGGUGCGAUUCCUUGCGACGCAUCCUCUCUUGGUCCAAGGGCUGGCAGCCCGGUGCUGUGAAGAUACCGAAGACCACGCGGCAAACCACGGCGGACCGAUCUACCCGCCAGCUUUGGGGGACGCGAUCUGCCGGGCCUACCUGGACGUUGUUGCGGCCGAAGACUUCGGUUCUACUGCGACUUGGGCACCGACAACCAGGCGAGCCGUGUGCUACGUGGACGCAGUCCGCAGGGAAGAUGAUUGGAGGCCGUUGUUGGAACAGGCCCAGGAGCUGCUGGGCCGAAAGACGGCUCAUUCUCUUCAGGUCCACCCCGGCACGGACUUGUACAAGAAGGUCGAGGCCUUGGUUCCCUGGCAGUUGGCGUCAGUUCAAGUGGCCCACCUUCCGAAGGCCAAGCGUGUGAAGGCAGGCCUAGAGGAGUGCCACAGGGCUUCGGUGCUGCUGCUCAACGACGACAGCGUCACCAUCGAGACCGAGUACCUUCGGGACGCCCAGGCACCUCGAGAACGGUUUGUUACACCCGUCCGUGUCGGCAUCUUCGUGUUGGGCUACGCGCCGGGAGAGCCUGAUGCACCCGCUCCGGCGAGACCAGCUGCAGUACAGCCCGCUCCCGAAGACGUCCCCGUUCGAGACGAGAUACAAGAAGGACUCGAGCACGAAGGUCUGGUGCGGCAGGACCUCGCUGGGGAAUGUUGGUUCUCAGGCGGGCCUCUGAAGCCGAACGAGAAGAACCUUGCCAAGGCGUUAGUCCGAAUGCACCGUAAUCUCGGGCACCCUCGGCAAGAAGAUUUCACCAGAGCCCUGGCGCAGAACCAGAAAGUCGCCCCGGAAGCCGUGGCGCUGAGCAGGCGAUUGAGAUGUGCCACAUGUGAGCGGACCCGGCGACCUUUGCCUCCGAGACCUACUUCCCUGAAGGCGACCGGGCCCUUUAACUCACGGGUGUGCCUCGACUUCGUUCACCUUCACGACCACAACAAGGAAGGCCACCUCUUCUUGCACAUCCUCGAGCCCAACGGGUCCUACAACGUGUUCCACCCUGUUGAGUCGCGAGUGCCGGCACACGUGUUCGAGGUUUUCACUACGGUGUGGGCGACGUGGGCCGGAUACCCGGACGUGCUUGUGGUGGACCAGGACGGCGCCUUCGAGAGCGAUUUCGCGGACAAGAUCAGUGGCCUGGGCUCCGCGAUCGAGCCCAUUGCAGCGCAGAGCCACUGGCAGGCAGGACAAGUGGAGUCCUACAACCGGGCCUUCCGGUACGCGGCUGCGAAGGCCAUUGACGAGCACUCCCUGGCCGGCGCAGCAGACAUGAAGAUGUUGGGCGCGAUGGUGGGCGCCGCUAUGAACGACAAGGUCAGGACCUGCGGCUGCUCACCAAAUGAGUGGCUUUUCGGCAAAAGUCCAAAGACUCCCUGGGACUUGCUGAGUCCUGACGGGAAAGUGCAGGCGCUUCAAGGCCUGGAACAGGACGCCGAAUUACGCCGGCGGCAACAUGUCAGGGCCACUGCGGACGUGAAAGUGGCCGAGUUUGCCGUGAACGACUCACUUCGUCAAGCAGUGCUCCGCUUGGACAGGCCUAGCCGUAAAACCUACGAGCCGGGUGAGCUGGUGGCUUUUUGGAGAGAGGCCAAGAUGAAGAAAGACCCAAAGUCUCGCAAACCUCGCAGGGUUCCUGCAGGCUGGUACCGAGGCACCAUCAUCGGACCGCACAAGGGGAGCCACGAGCAGUCGAACUACUGGGUGACCUCAGGUGGAAGAUGCCUCUUGGUGUCCAAGGAGCAGCUUCGACCAGCUUACGGAACGGAGCUGUGGCGAGUUCAAGAAGCAGACCUGCAGGCGGCGCUAGAUGCACCUCCCGGGACCUACGAGGACAUUAGAGGUCAAGGGCCACAGGAAGCUGUGGCACACGACCCCGGAGAGAUCAUCCCUUUCUUCGGAGGCCUCGACGAAGAGCUCGACUUCAGCGAUGCCGGAACACUGCCACCCACGCCGGGACUCCUACCCGCGACUCCUCGUGGACCUCGAUUACCCGAUCAAGCGCUACCACCAGGAGACGCACACGGAGAACGUGAACGUUCGCCGCGACGAGCAGAACCAGGACCUUCGGCGUCGGCGGCACCCUCGGUGGGAACAGACAACACGCAGCCCUCGCCAACCAUGAGGAGCUACGCUGCUCCGCACCCAGAGGAGCCCGAACCGAAACGGCUCAGGAUAGAGGACGAGGAACUGGAGCCCACCGAAGAAGCGCACGUUCACCUUUGCAACCUCUACGUGCCGGCGUCGAUGGAAGAGCUCUACGCGAAGCCGAGCGCGGAGUUUGCGGACGAAGUGCUGGCUCCGACUGUUCAGCGGGACUGUUGGGCAACGCGCAAGGAGCAGAAGGCGCUGGAGAAGGAGAUCCCCUACUCUAUGAUCCCCGAGCACCAGUUGCAAGACUACCACGAGGCGCUCGUGAAGGAGUGGGGAGUGUGGACCAAGUACGACGCGGUGGAACCGCUCGCACUGGAGGCCAGCGCUGCGGUGGAGGCGAGCUUCGACCGAGCUCGUAUCCUGGAUACGCGAGUGUGCUACAGGAACAAGAACGCAGCCUUUCCCUGGUUGCCACUGAAGGCGAAGGCACGGCUGGUGUGCCGCGGGGACAAAGACCCGGAUUUGCUGACGCUGCGGCGAGAUGCGCCGACCAUGACGCGGAUGGGCCUGAUGGUCAUCUUGCAGAUAGCAGCAUCGAUGCCGACCUGGUUCCUGUUCAACUCCGACGUGACGGGCGCUUUUCUCCAAGGGGACCAGUCCCUGGCAAGCCGGAAAGAACCACUGUUUCUUCGGCAGCCACGAGAAGGACUUCCGGGACUAGUGGCAGGACAGCUGCUACUGGUGGUCCGUGGAAUAUUCGGACUGGCGAACUCCCCGAGACUGUUUUGGCGGCACCUGCGGGACACCUUGAAGAAGAUCGGCUUCAUCCAGUCGACGCUGGACAAGGCGCUCUUCAUGUACUACCAGGCGGGCCGCUUGAUUCUGGUCCUCGGAGCGCACGUCGACGAUUUGCUGGGAACCGGCGAGCCAGGCACAGCAGACCCGAUCUUGGACCGCGUGCGCAAGGCCUUCGACUUCGGAUCCUGGGCGGACUCGAGGCAAGAACGCGUGCUCGAGUACGGAGGGAAGCAAGUGACCAAACGAGAGGACGGCGUCGUGACCUUGUCGCAGGAGAAGUUCAUCCAGGCGAUUUCCGUCUACACGGUUCCGCGCUGGAGGACGGUCACCCCGCUGUCUCCUUUAACUCCCUCCGAAGUGACCGAGCUGAAGUCCGGCGGAGGGUGCCUACACUGGCUGAUCGGACAGACCCGGCCGGACCUGGCGGCAGCAACAUCGUUGAAUAUGUCCGGGCAGCCGACCGUGACCAAUUUGGUCGAAAUCAACAAGCUGCUCCGCGAGGCCCAGAAGACGCAGGACUGGCAGUUGACCUUUGUGCCGGUUCCACUGGAGAAGGCGAAGAUCAUCGCCUUUAGUGACGCCUCGUGGGCAAACGCAGAAGGCCUCAAGUCACAGGCCGGCUUCUUGACCUUCAUCGCCGGGCCGGAUGUGAUGACUGUGCAAGGUGACCAGGCCUCCUUGAUGGAUUGGCGCAGUCACCGCAUACAGCGUCAAUGCCGGAGCACCCUCGCUGCUGAGACGAUGGCCAUGGAUACUGCCUUCGACAGCGGCAUCUUCUUGAGAGAGCUCAUGGCAGAGAUUCUGAUCGAGAGCUAUAAGCCAGUGCAGUCGGGUUCCUUGCCUCCUGAGAUUUUCACUGUGCACCCCGUUACCGACUGCCGUUCGCUUUACGACCUUCUCACGAAGGAUGGGCCGGUGAGCAGCACGCAAGAGAAGCGGCUCACCAUCGAUGUCGGCGCUAUCAAAGAGGGCGCAGAAGAGUUUGAUCCUGAGGGUGAAGCCCUAAAGGAAAUUUUCAAGUGGGCCGAUACCGACCAUCAGUUAGCUGAUCACCUGACGAAAGCUAAGCAGACGAAAUGGCCUUCCACCUUCGACUUCUCCCCUUCGUACUUGCACGUCGAGGAGCUCUGGCAGGCCAAUGCGGCGGUGGAAUAUGUCAAUGCCGACGGGGAUCAGAUCAGCCUUGCCCCCGCCGAUGAACCUGGGAGGUUACUUCUCGAGCUGAAUGGCGUCUCCAAGGGGGAGGUCACCCAGUUGAGUUACGACCCGUCGAGUGGGGCGCUGCUGCAGCAGGAGAACCUGCCCUUGGCGUCGUCGAUGGAAAGCAGAAGUGUGGUUCCGCUGAAGGAUCGGGAUCGAGUUCUGUACCUGCUCUCCUGGCUCGCGCAGCGCUGUGAGGUUCCCGGGCUACCUCCUGCAACGGAGGAGCCAGUGGCUUAUGCCUUGCUGGUGCUGGAGAAGCCGGUGAUGUGCCCCAUGGGGAGCCUCGUGAUCGGUUCCAAGCUAGACUUCGACAUCCACAGUCCCAACUGCCGCAUGGCCUUCUUCGGCAAGGUUUUGAGCAUCGUAGACCCCAAGGAUCUGAAGUCGGUUCGAAUGGUGAAGAUGAAGCAGAAGGUUGGUGUGAUGGACCGCGUGGACAAGCAGGAGCCUUCUCUGGUCAUCUGCAAGGACAUGUUCAAGGCUGACUCUGACAUCCAGAGCUUUACCGGCCUGAAGGUGAUCCACGAACAGUCCGGUGCGGAAGGCGUGCUGGAAGGGAGCUUUGGACAAGAUGGUCGCAUCAAGGUCCGCUUCAAGGAGGAGAUUACGUCUCUCAAGCUGGAUGCAAAGGGCAACGUCAAAGGUACCGAGCGAAUCUCGCUCUUCUUCAAGAAGUUCGACUUCGAGAAAUCUGAUGCCAUCAUCCAGUAA